UACCGUUCCAGGAUCUAACGGAAUAUCCCGGAAGCGUGUUUUAGACUUUCUUAUUUCUUUUUAUUUAAAAUUCUUUCUAUAGAAUAUUAUAAAUUACUAUUACCGUUAUUAAAAGAAUUAAGUUCAAAUCGACACUUUUUAAUCAAAGCCUGGAAUGUAUUUGUGAAAGUUACUUAUUCUUUCCAUCUUUCUUCCUUUCGUGCUUUACGUUGUGUGCGCGCGCGCAGUCGUGUGUAUGAUUUGUGUACAUAAUAGUGUUUGUACGGAUUCGAGAAGGUCUUUGGACGCGAAAGGAUACGAUCGAUUACGAUUCGUAGAAGGAGAUAUGACCGUCGCCGGAAAGAAAUACGUAGAUUGUAUUGUUCUCGAAACUGAAAGUAUUGCUGACGCUGAAGACUCUUCUUACGACAGCGACUACGAAGCUGAAGAUCCAAUUGGAUCUACAGAUAUUCAUUCACAAGAAUUGCAGGUAUCUACUUCGAAUCAUUCAGAUGUGUCCAGGACCGCCUCGGAUACAUUGGCUGCUGAAUUUGCAGAAUAUGUUACAAUACAAGGAAGUCCACCUACUCAAAGUCCAGGAUACACAGCUAGAGUAGAAUUCGCCUUAAAACUUGGUUACACAGAACGUUUAGUUCAAACUGCACUGGAAAAAUUAGGUCCAGAUCCAGAACAAAAUGAACUAUUAGCUGAAUUGAUAAAAUUGGGUGCUAGCUGUUCUCAAAAAUCAGUUGAUACUCCAGAAGAAUCUGAUAGUGUUGUAGAUUCUGAUUUAACAACUACUGAAAAUAGUGGAUGUAGUCUCAGAUCUGUUGUAAUCGAUGGAAGUAAUGUGGCAAUGAGUCAUGGAAACAAAGAAAUAUUUUCAUGUAGAGGAAUCAAGAUUUGUGUAGAUUGGUUUAAAUCAAGAGGACAUAAAGAAAUCACUGUAUUUGUGCCUAAAUGGAGAAAGGAAACUUCUAGGAUUGAUAAUCCAAUCGCAGAUCAAGAAAUUUUAGGAGAAUUAGAAAGGGAUCGUUUAUUAGUUUUUACUCCAUCUAGAUUAGUUGGUGGCAAAAGAAUGGUUUGUUAUGAUGAUCGCUAUAUUUUGAAACUUGCAGCAGAAAUUGACGGCAUUGUUGUUAGCAAUGAUAAUUAUAGAGAUUUAGCACAGGAAAAUCCAGAGUUUCGAAAAGUUGUAGAAGAAAGAAUUUUAAUGUAUACUUUUGUAAAUGAUCGUUUUAUGCCACCAGAUGAUCCAUUGGGUAGAAGUGGUCCAACUUUAGAUAAUUUUUUGAGAAUUUUUCCUAAAAAGUCUGAUCCAGCACCACCUUGUCCAUAUGCAAAAAAAUGUACGUAUGGUAAUAAAUGUAAAUUUCGCCAUCCAGAAAGAGGUCCUCAUCCUCAAAAAUCAGUCACAGAAAAACUAGUAGAACAUGUACAAAAACAACUUCAAGUAAGAGAUUCAAAUUUAAAUGUUUUUUUAUCAAGUAAUACAUUAAUAAAUGUAUUUCAGCAUCAACCACUUUGUAAAACCAAAUCUACAGUAACUGCUAGUACUCAAUCAUUAUCUUCAGUUAUAAAAAGUAAAUCCGCAGAAAAUGUCACACUUGAUCAACCAAUAAAUUCUUCAAUGCAAGGAUCACAAGUAUCUUCUACUAUGAGUUCUCAAGCUUAUCAUUCUUCUGGUUGGUCAGUAGGAAGAUUGAAUAAGUUAGAAGGAGAAUCGCAAAAUAAACAUAAAAAGCUACAAAGACAAUUGACUUUGAAUCCCGUUUUCGAUCCUCGACUUCAUCAACUGAGGCAAUAUCAACAAGCAUCUCAAACAAAUUCAUUAUCACAGCAAACUAAAAUAACAUCUACAGUACAGCAUAGAGCUUUAACUAGACAUUCUAGUAAUGAAUCAGCAUAUAGGGUUGGUUUGAAUUGGGAACAUUCUGAAGGACAAUGUCAUCAGCAUGUAACACGUAUUGCUUCAGCACCCGAUUCUUAUCAAGCUUGGUUAUCAAUAUCAAGUAUGUCUUUACCAUCUGGAUCAAAUCAACGAUUAGGUGCUUCAGAUCCACAAUUAAAUAUCGUUACAUCUCCUUUAUAUUCGGCUAUGCCAUCAGAUGUAUUAAGAGAAUUCCUUGAUACCAGAACAAAAAUACAUUAUCAUUUAGCAAAUAUUUUCCCUGAAGAACAUGUGAGAACUGCUAUGCUAAUUCAUCCAUUUGAAACAGAUCCAAUAGAAAUCUGUGUUGCUAUUUUGAAAAUGUAUCCACAGUAAAAAAUAAGGAUCAUUUUAUUUGUUUA